UGCUUCUGUGGCUGUGCAGUCAGAGAGUUGCUGGUUGUUAAUGUAGUAUCUACUAAAAUCCUCAUUCCUAGGGAUCCCCAAAAGUCCCAGUUGAUCUUGACCGUCCAAAUCCCACACCGAAUGGCUCUCAAUUGAGUGCACCUGCUGCCUAUCUUUUUUUCCCUUUUCAAUAUUUUGCUUCCAUGCAUGGAAUUCUCCUCCAACUUCAACACUAAAACAAAUAAGAGAUACUUUGGAGAGAGAAAAGAGAAAGAGUCAUGGUUGUGUUGUGCUUUGAUUGUUCUUUCACAUAGAGAAAGCCUGUUCAUCGCCCAUCAUUUUGUACCCAUAUUUCUUCCUUUUCUUCUUAAAAAUAGCUCUGAUUUUCGUUUCGCAGUAAAACACCCCUAUUAAAUUCCUUAUAGAGGCUCUAAUGUGUGUACUUGAGAAAUGGGAUUUGGAUGGCCUUUUCUUUAGGUGGGUCUGAUCUUUGCACUUUAACAAACUGUCACAUCUCUCCACUCCUUUUUAUUCCCUUGAUCAAUCAACGGUACCAAAGCAGCAAAUUUCGUGAUCUGUUUUACCUGCUAUUUGAUCUGGAUUUGACCCUGUCCUGUUCUCUUCAUUCACCGGAUGGGCGCCUUUCUUUGGUUAAAUGCAGCUCGUUUUUUGAAGAUUGAGGUAACAUUGAUUUUGUUAUUCUUGGUGUGUUAAUUUGAUUAGAUCAAUCCAUGGAAGCAAAUCAAAAGAACAACUUUGUUUGCAAGUUUUGCAACAAAAGAUAUCCCUGUGGCAAGUCUUUGGGUGGUCAUAUUAGGAUCCAUUUGAAUGCUAAUGGAACUUCUUCAACUGAUGAAGAAGCUAAGGUUCAGGUAAGCAAGACCGAAAGCAACAGCAAGCAAAUCUCUGUGUCUGAAGCUGUUGGUCAGCCUGGUUAUGUUCUCAGAGACAAUCCCAAGAAAACGAGCAGGUUUGUGGGGGAUUCAAGCAAUACUACUUCACUGCCAGAAAAGGUUUGUAAAGAAUGUGGUAAAGGGUUUCAAUCACUGAAAGCACUGUGUGGUCACAUGGCUUGUCAUUCUAAGAACUACUUUCAAGACCAGUCGGGGACUACUGAGAAGUUGAAAGAAAUAGUUUCGGACAACCAGUCAGAUAGUGAGGCAACUGAUCCAAGUAAGCCAAGGAGAUCCAAACGAAUGAGGUACAAGACUAUUGAUGUUUACACUACUUCAUUAUCCUUGGCAAAUGCUGCUUCUUUAUCCUCUGCAUCUGACAUAGAGCAAGAGCAAGAGGAGGUGGCUAAGUGUUUGAUGAUGUUGUCCAAGGACUCUGGCUUCAAAGGUUGUUUUAGUUCUCUUGCAGAUUCUUCGGAUAACAAUUCUGUGGUUUUAGAGGGUAAAUCAUCAUCUACGAAGACGAGGAUUAACGUAAAUAACGCUGUUGAUUUUGUGUCUAGCGGUAUCGAGUCGUUGGAGAUGAAGAAAUCAAUGCAGAGGGGGUUAAUUUCUACUGAAAAUGAUCAGUCUGAGAAUUCUGAUUCCGGAUAUUUUAGGAAUGGUCCCAAGAAGGUUGAAUCAGAUGUUUCUGUUCAUGGGUUCGCUAGGAAUGAUGGAAUCAAGAAGUAUGAAGUGGAAUUUGGUUCUAGUUUUGACGAUGAUAUUGAUGCUGAAUCAGGGAAAAGAAUAAGCAGGUUUAGGCGUGUUAGAACUCGACUAGGGAAGGAUUUCAUUGAGGAAGAUUUAUAUGAUCAAGCUGACGGGGCUUCGAUGGAUUCACAAAAGAGAUGCAAGAAUGAGUCAUAUGAAUUUCUUAGCAGCAGGAGGGGCAAAUGUGUUCCUCUUGGGGGACGCAGAGCCAGCCAUAACAAGACUAAUGGCUGCAGUGAUUCAAUAUAUGAGAGCGGCGAGAACAGUGUAGAUACUGACUAUGUGCCCAAUCCAAUUCCUAAUAGUAGUAGGAUGAUUCAAUCUAGAAGUGGAAAAACUCCAAUUGAGCAGAAUUCUUCUGGCAAUGCAGAGAAAAAUUUGGGGUUGAAAAAAGGAAAACUACACGAAUGUCCUUUCUGUCCCAAGGUUUUCCGAUCAGGUCAAGCUUUGGGCGGCCAUAAGAGGUCCCACUUUGCUGGGGCGGCCAGGGAUAGAACUGUGCUAAUUAAGCAAGAUGCGCCUGAGAUAUCGAUGCGUGGGCUAAUUGAUCUUAAUCUUCCUGUUUCUGUUGAGGAAGAGGCAGGUGGGUUUGGGCCGUGGUAAUUCAUGAAUUUCUGCAAGUUAGUCAGUCGGAUCUCCAAACGGGAACUUUUUGCUCCUGGUUUUUUAUGAAGAUGCUAGUGACGUGACUGCUUCAGUGUACAGACAAGGUGAAUGCUUCUGGUUCCUUUGCUUCUGAUUCAAGGAUGUCUUGCUAUGGUAGCUAUUCCAUUGGUUGUUUAUGCAGAUGUAAGAAGCAGUUGUUUGUUACUAUUAUUAUUAUUAUUAUUAUUAUCGCUGCUGUUAUUUUUUGUUGUAGUUCUAAGAGGUUCUUUUGAUA